UUUCCCUUAGAGGGCGCCACAGGCAAACUCGGUCCCGUAUCGGAAUACCCUCGCGCAUUAUCAGUAUCUAACUAUCGAAGAAAACGUAAACAAACCGCUGUCAAUCUCUUUUUUAACAUGCCUGAAACUUGCUGUUGUGUACCAGAAUGCAGUAAUCGAGGUGGACAUGCGUUUCCCUCUGAUCAAUCAAGAAGAAAAAUUUGGAUCCAUGCAAUUAAACGCGGCGAAACCCGUUUUCAAAGUUGGGAACCUAAGACACAUGCUGUUGUAUGCAGGGCACACUUUAAAGCUGAUGACUACGUAACUGAAACUCAACACGGAACUACACCCCUGAGUAAAAGACUUAAGAAGAGUGCGGUCCCUAGUAUUUUUUCCUGGGUUGAGCCAAGUCCCCAUUCACAAGCCAGAUCUGAUAGAGCAAAGUCCAGGGGUAUCAAGCGAAAAUUAGCAGAGGAAUUUUCUUCCCAGUCAGAGGAUGUAGAAAUUAUAUAUGCAAGUGAUGAACUGCAAACAACCGAAGAAGUAGUUUUUGAUUCAACAAUUGUAACUGAAGCUUCAGAGAUACCCAAAGUUGAAACCAACCUUUAUUUUCAAAAUGUGGAGACCCAAACACCUAAACAUCCUCCAAUGAGCAUAGACAAUUUUACAAAUGAUGAUGCUGGUGUUCAUUUCUAUACUGGCCUGGAAACACUACGGAAAUUUUACUUUGUUUUGAGAACUCUAGGCCCAGCUGCCUAUUAUUUGAACUAUGUGUAUCAUCAAGUUUCAAACAUCAGUGUUCCUGAUCAGUUUUUCCUUGUGCUUUGUAAAUUACGCCGCCACACUACAAAUUUUGAACUGUCAAGACUUUUUGGCAUUUCUGAAAAAAACGUAUCAAAUAUAUUUUCUAUCUGGAUUCUAUUUAUGAAUAAGCAAUGGCGUGAAAUUGAUUUGUGGCCUUCAAGACAUCUAGUUAAAUAUUUUUGCCCGUCAGAUUUUAAAAUAAAAUUUCCAAAUACAAGGGUAAUUAUUGAUGGUACUGAAUGUCCCAUUAAGAAACCAAAACUUCCUAAAUCUCAGCAAGCCACUUUUUCUACAUACAAAAACCGUAACACUGUGAAGGUUCUUGUUGGAGCAACACCAGGCGGUUUGACAUCCUACAUCUCUACAGCCUAUGGCGGAUCUACAAGUGAUCGUCAAAUCGUUGAAAGAAGUUGUCAAAUAGAUAUGUGCAAUUCGGGUGAUUCAAUUAUGGCAGACAAAGGUCUUAAUGUGCAGGAUAUGUUUGUACACAAGAACAUUCAAAUUAACACGCCAACGUUUUUUAAAAAGAAAAAUAGGAUGUCCUGUGAAACUGUUAUAAAAGAUAGAAAAAUAUCCAGUAAACGUGUACAUAUAGAGAGAAUUAUUGGACUUGCAAAGACUUACAAAAUUUUAAGUGAACCAAUGAACAGUUUAGAAUCAAAACAUGUUGUGUAA